UUAAGAAUUUAACGAUGAUACUACCGUAUGUGUUAGGUAUAUUUCAUAUUUUGGGAUUAUGUUUAGCUAAUACUGAAACAAUCGUUUUCAAAGUUCCUUAUUACUACAAUAUCAAACCUCAUGCAUCAUAUUACGACGAGACGAUACGAAAUAAUGAUAUCAUACACUUGAAUGAAACACACUCUCUUAUUAAGGAUUAUCCUAUUCAGACGAUUAAAACAUUAGAUAAAGAUAAACUCACAAAAUAUGUUAUCCAAGUAGAUGACUAUAGUAGCAUUGAAAGACCAGAGAAGACUUUACUUGUAAAGAUCAAUAAUUAUGGAGACGAAACGUUUGAAUCAAAUGAUUUUAUUAAUGUUAAGCUUUGCUGGCCCACUAUUUACCCAUUUGACUUUAAAUUAGAUUAUUUAUUCAUAAAGCCAACUGAUUUACAAACGCAUAAAAGUGAAGAGCAGAAUAAUGAAUUAGAUAAAGAAUUAGACAUCUACAUAGCCAUAUCGUAUAAGUUUUUUGCACACAGUUAUAACCCUGAAAAAUAUUAUUCAGAUCAUGAACCAUUAGAGUUCCAUUUAUUUAUUAAUAAACUUGCUAAUAAGUGGAUUCCUAUACCUAAUGAAUUAUACCAAUUUUUGAUGUAUUUCGUUGAUUUAUUAAUACUUGGGUAUAAUCUUAUUCCAUAUUUAUAUGACUACAUUUUUCAAUAAAACCUUUUCUUUCUUUUUUACAAUCAAUAAAUUUGUAUAUAUAAUAAUUACUGUCUAUGUGUAGUAUCG